CAAAUUGAGAAUAUCUUCCGCAUCUCCCAGCGUUUCUUCGAAGAGGAAACGGACGAGAACAAAGAGGCCGUCUCAAUAACAGUAGGAAACAAGGGAUGGGUCAAGAGGCGUCAAGAGGCGCUAGAUAAAGUCAACUAUCCAAAGGAGACCUCAAGGAAGCAUUUAACUUAGGCCAUUUUGUGGAUGGAAAACCAGCACAACCACUCCCACCUUCAUUGGACGAACGGAAGGAUGAGCUCUACUUGUUCAUGCAAUCAUGCCACGAUUUGUGCAUGCAGCUUCUCAGGGCAUUCGCGAUUGACAUGGGGCUAGAGGAGGAUUAUUUCACUUCAAGGCACGCCUUCGACCAGGAACAAUCAUCCAUACUCAGACUUCUCUAUUAUCCUGCAACUACGGUCUCCCCGAUAUCUAUGGAGAAUGUGUCAGAUGAUAUCCGGGCGGGAGCCCACUCUGAUUAUGGUACUUGCACGCUGCUGUUCCAGAAGGACAUAGGGGGGUUACAAAUACUAUCGCCGAGUAUAUCGAAUGACAGCGAGCUGAGAUGGAUUGACGUUCCUGUCGUUGACGAUGCGGUGCUUGUCAAUGUUGGAGAUGCCUUCGAUUUUUGGACAAAUGGAAAGUUUAAAUCCACAAUCCAUCGGGUCUCAUGCCCUAGGACCAUAGAGGGAAGCCGACCGCGCUUCUCGAUUGCAUACUUCCUUCACCCAGAGGAUUCGGUUCCCCUCCAGCCCAUCUCCUUGUAUUCAAGGGGUCAAGAAGGAGACUCUGACAACCGGGGAAGUGUCCGUAACCGAUUUGGCGUACCGACUGAUAGGAUUCUAACGUCCAAGGAAUGGCUACUUCAACGACUAAGUUCUACGUACGGUACCAGAAAGGAUGCAUAAUACCCUUCUGUCCACUACGCAUGUUACUUAAAUUAUUGCACAGUAGUUGUUG